AUAAAUGCUUGGCGAGGAUAAAAUAUCUUGAAGCAAAAAUAGUUGCUCUCGAGAAUGAACUUGCUGACCAAAAGGCUGCCAACAAGGAGUGUCCUACUAUGUCAAGUACAUCUACAGUAGCCCCACCGACAACCCCAACAACAACCCAAAGUCUUCGAAGAAGAACACCGCAUACAGAGUUUCCUGAAAUUGUACAGCACCCAGAAGAUACCUUUGCUCUUGUUGGUGACACCGUAAACCUCACAUGCCGUGCGGUUGGAAAACCCAGCCCAGAAACAUAUCAAUGGUUUAAGAAUGGAAAGCUUCUCCAAGACCAAGAACAAACAGGGCAGAAUUUGGUGAUCGUGGAAACCACCUUAGAAAAUAAAGGCUCAUAUUAUUGCAAAGCUAGUUCGGAGUAUGGAUCAGCUAAGUCUAAUGCUGCUACACUAGAUGUAAAAGAGGACAGCGAAAGUUUUUGUGAUUCUCAACCCGUAUCGUUUCUAAAGGCAUUGCCAAAGGAUUGUCCACAGAGUGGGGAAUCUCCGCUCGUCUAUGACGUGGGACAAUGUCAGAAGAAUGUGUGUGUAAAACGCCCUAAUGCAAAUUCAGACACCAAAUUCUGCUGUGGACCUACAAAACAAACCAAAGAAACAUUAGCAUGUGCGGAUUAUUCCAUGGACAUAAUUGUUACUUUAGAAUGUGGGUGUGUCAUUUGUAAUCAGAUUAAUAUUUCUGGUAAUAUCGUAACUUCCAAGCGAGAUGUUACUUUUAGUGGAGUUGUGCAUGCAAUUAACGACCCUUCAACUGUUCUUCGCUUUGGGAAUGUCCAUUUAUUUGAUGAAAAGGUUACUACAACUAGUUUUAAUGGUGAAUUCAGUUUCUCUGUUCCAACCGGCAUAAAUAGAAUUGUGGUUACAUUUAAAGAAGGUGUGAUGAAAAGUGGCUUUAUUGAGGCUUCUAAGGUGUUUACUAUUCCAAAAGAUUUCUCUGGAACAUUAUUCGAAGAUGUCAGUCUCUUGAUAAAUGAUAGAGUGAUUACAAUAACGCCUUCGGAGAAGAACACAAUAUCAUUGGCAGAAUCUUCCGAGAGUUCAACCGCAGAGGUAAUUAUUCCGGGUGAUUCGUUCUAUGACUCAGAUGGUAAUCUUUAUACUGAUGAAGUUAAAGUAUCUGUUAACUUUAUCGAUCCUUCAAAUAUUGACAGUUUUAAUUCAAUGGUAGGUGACUUGACAUUUGUUAAUGAUAACGGUGAAGUUGGUUUACUUAAAACCUUUGGUAUGUUCCAUCUUGGAUUCAAUGGUGAGAAUGGGGAAGAACUUGACUUAAAAGGAGAUGUUGGCAUGGCCAUACGUGCUGAUGUAAUUGGCGCUGAGUUUAAGAACACAACUAAUGUAAAGCUAUGGUCUCUCAACCCGUCAUCUGCUAGAUGGGAAUAUGAAGGAUCGUUGGAACGGGUCUCAGCAUCAAGACGAAAACGAGCUCUAACUUCAGCAACCAGUGAUUUUUUUGUUGGCACAACCGUAAUAACAGACCGAUAUUGGUUUAAUUUUGAUGAUGAUAGUUUGAAUUUCUGCUAUGUCAGAAUCAAGGCCUAUACUGAUUCUUCUUUAAGUACACUGUUGCCAUGGUCAGAAACCUUUGAGCCUUCAGUACUUACACCAGCGUCGUCUGUAACUCCACCAAAUGGACGGGUUCUCACUGGUAGUAUGAGUCAAACCGGGUCCGGAUUUGGUUCAAAAGACGACUGUAUCCUCACCGUUUGUGGUGAGUCUAAGUUCCAAGCAUAUUUAUUUCUUAAAAGUGACAAUGUUGCACUCAGUGCAUCAUCAAAAUUAGGCGCGUUAGAUCCAACGAUCGCUGGUGUAAACAUAAAAGUCAAACAGUUAGAUGAUGCAACAACUGCAACAAGAUCUAGAGUCAUUGAAACAGAUGUAGAACCACUCGUGUCAAAUGGCCCUUUGUAUCAUAGUAAUACUGCUCCAGAUUGUAAGGAUGCCAGUUCAAAAUUUUGUACGGAUUGUGAAAUCAAUAAUUAUAUGGGGCCAGAGUGUUUUCUCUGUGACCCAUAUUGUUAUAAUCCAAUACCUAGCAUGACUGCCUAUUCUCAAUGUCUCAAGGCAAGCGAUUCAGACCCUCACUUCAGUUUUUACAGAAGUCCCAGUACAUUGUUUGAAUAUUCUGUCUGUGAUAUGGCUCUGUCGUGUUGGGGUGGUAAUCCACCAUUAACCCCUCUCGCAUGGUUUCCCCAAACGACCAAUGCUUUCUGGGCUUGGUUUAUCAAAGUUCGUGUUCUGGUUAAAAGAAACGGCAAAGAUACCGACGAUGAAUCUAGAGUCCGUGUAAUGAGCAAGGGUGGGAAGCAUGAAGAUACAAAGGGCAAACUAUUUGGUAUACGUGAAGAUGUUACGUCUAGUCAGUCAGUAUGUGUUGAAUAUAAAGGCAGUGGACCAAUUAUAACACUAUCAAAUGAUUUGGUUGAUGAAACAGUAAUAGAAAUUUCCGUGGAAGGAACUCAAUGUAGUGUCGACGACAAUGACGUCGCUGUUGAUUUAAGACAAUACAUAAUUGAUACUCCUUCCCCUACCAAUGAGCGAGAACCCCUGAUUUCUUUUCAAAUUCCCGGUGCGUCUAUUGUAGCUGGUAACACUUUCGGCCUAUAUUUAGAUGAUGACGAUGACCUUGAAACAGCUAAGAAAAGAGCAAAAUCAAGAUGUGAGUGUAGCGAUCCCCAAAGACAAAAACUGACAUGUGACAUCCCAGAUUCAGACGGUGGAGUAGCAAUCAUAAUUAAAUGUGAAGAUUACGACUACCCUGUCUAUGAUUUGCCUUAGUAAUUGAAGAAAUAUGAAAAAAUACGUCAAUGUUUAGACUAGUUCCUUCAGAUCUCGUAGUGAUGCUAAUUGGUUGUUAUUCCACUUGUACCUGUUAUCUGCACCAAAUAUUUCAUUCAUCAAUUUGUGCUUCGUUGUUCAUUUGGUGUCAGCCCCUGUUUCUGAUGUCACAAUGGUGACAAGGGAGCUGGGUACCAAAAAUACAUCAACUUUUGGCGUCGUAUUAUGGUCAAAUUUCUGCUAAAUUGACAGGUUGAUUUUUGGCUCUUUAACAAUGUGAAAAAGUUGAAAUCAUUAGUUUUGACCAAUGUUUCAUAUCUAUGCUUAUAGUGGCUAAAAUCAUAUUUAACAUUAUACUCAUUUCGCCAUUGUUCAUGUGGCAAACAGGAAAUACUUUAACUCACUGUUGUUUCGGCGUCUAAGAUGUAGUCUUGGAUGACAAUUAAUAAGAAAGUACACAUCAGUCCAAUGUUAUUUAAUACUCCUAAACAUGUCUUUCACCAAGUCGGUUCACAAGAAGUAAAACAAUGAUCCUCUAACAAAAGGGACCAGAUGAAAUAAAAAACACGCGUUUUUAUUGAAUUAAACGUUAUUUAUACAUUUACAAGUGGUAGACGUGAUGUGUAAGAUUUU